CCCUUCUGGUGCGCUCGCGGCAAUAACAUGCAUGUAUAAAAGGCAAAUUCACACCGUCUCUUCACUAUCCCCAUCGAAACCCCAAGCCUGUUCUCGUUACCAGGCCAUAGCUUGUUCUCGACUUGCCCCACGUUCAACGCCAAGCGCGACCCAUUGCCUUUAAGGAGACCAGCUCCCCAACACUUGUUGUUCUCUACACCACUCUCUCCUCACGGAACAGCCUUUUCUCUCUCUCUCACUUACACAAUGGCAUCUCGCGCGAUUCCUUCUCACUUGAAGCCCUCUGCUGCUGAGGGCGGCGAGGGUGGCUUCUCAUCCCAGCGCCAUCACGGCAAGUCACAGUCCCAUGUGGCUUUCGAGAACACAUCUACCAAUGUUGCCGCCUCGCAAAUGCGCAAUGCGCUCAACAAGCUCGCCGACACCGUCACCGACCCCGCCGAGAAGAAGUACUUCGAGACGGAAAUGGACAACUUCUUCGCUCUGUUCCGACGAUACCUCAAUGACAAGGCCAAGGGUACUGCCAUUGACUGGAACCGCAUCGCUCCUCCCAAGGCCGAGCAGGUCGUCAGCUACGAUGACUUGGCCAACACCGAGGCUGUCGAAUACCUGAACAAGUUGGCGGUCGUUAAGCUUAACGGUGGUCUCGGUACCUCCAUGGGUUGCGUUGGCCCCAAGUCCGUCAUCGAGGUCCGUGACGGUAUGUCCUUCUUGGACUUGUCAGUGCGCCAAAUCGAGUACCUGAACCGCACAUACGACGUCAACGUCCCAUUCGUGCUGAUGAACUCGUUCAACACCGACACCGACACCGCCAGCAUCAUCAAGAAGUACGAGGGACAUAACAUUGACAUCCUCACCUUCAACCAGUCGAGAUACCCCCGUAUCCUCAAGGACUCGCUCCUGCCUGCUCCUAAGGAGAACAAGUCAGACAUCGCCAACUGGUACCCCCCUGGCCACGGUGACGUUUUCGAGUCUCUCUACAACACUGGCAUGAUCGACAAGCUCAUGGACCGCGGUAUUGAGUACAUUUUCCUCUCCAACGCCGACAACCUGGGUGCUGUUGUCGACCUCCGCAUCCUCCAGCACAUGGUUGAUUCCCAGGCGGAGUACAUCAUGGAGUUGACCGACAAGACCAAGGCUGAUGUCAAGGGUGGUACCAUCAUUGACUACGAGGGCUCCGUUCGUCUGCUUGAAAUCGCCCAGGUUCCCAAGGAGCACGUCAACGAGUUCAAGUCGAUCAAGAAGUUCAAGUACUUCAACACCAACAACAUCUGGAUGAACCUCGCGGCCAUCAAGCGUGUUGUUGAGGCUAACGAGCUUGCCAUGGAGAUCAUCCCCAACGGCAAGUCCAUCCCUGCCGACAAGAAGGGCGAGGCCGACAUCUCCGUCCUCCAGCUCGAGACAGCUGUUGGUGCUGCUAUCAAGCACUUCAAGAACGCACACGGUGUCAACGUACCCCGAAAGCGUUUCUUGCCCGUCAAGACCUGCUCCGACCUCAUGCUUGUCAAGUCUGAUCUUUACACACUCCAGCACGGUCAGCUAGUGAUCGACCCCAACCGCUUCGGACCCGCCCCCUUGAUCAAGCUCGGCAGCGAUUUCAAGAAGGUGUCCAGCUUCCAGUCCCGUAUUCCCUCCAUUCCCAAGAUUGUCGAGCUUGACCAUCUGACCAUUACCGGUCCGGUCAACCUUGGCCGUGGCGUUACCCUCAAGGGUACCGUCAUCAUCGUUGCGACUGAGGGCUCCACUAUCGACAUCCCUCCGGGUUCCAUCCUCGAGAACGUCGUCGUCCAGGGUUCGCUCAGAUUGCUUGAGCACUAGAGUGGUUGAGGCGGCAUUUUCUUCACGGGUUUAUAGAUUUUUUUUGAGGAUACAGGUCUUCUUGUAGCGAUUGAUAACGAGAGAUGACUGCAUUGCAACGUGCUUGGGCAAAAGGACUCAGGCGGUAAUGGGGUGUAAUAUUCACGCCCGGUCAAUGAUUCACACAUC